AUGGACGCUAACCGCCCGGGCGCGUUCGUGCUGAGCAGCGCGCCGCUGGCCGCGCUGCACAACAUGGCCGAGAUGAAGACGUCGCUGUUCCCCUACGCGCUGCAGGGCCCGGCCGGCUUCAAGGCGCCCGCGCUGGGAGGCCUGGGCGCGCAGCUGCCGCUCGGCACCCCUCACGGCAUCAGCGACAUCCUGGGGCGGCCGGUGGGCGCGGCGGGCGGCGGCCUCCUGGGCGGCCUGCCCCGUCUCAACGGGCUCGCCUCGUCGGCCGGCGUCUACUUCGGGCCCGCGGCCGUGGCGCGCGGCUAUCCCAAGCCGCUGGCAGAGCUGCCCGGGCGCCCGCCCAUCUUCUGGCCCGGCGUGGUGCAGGGCUCGCCCUGGAGGGACCCGCGCCUGGCCGGCCCGGCCCAGGGCGGCGGGGUCCUGGACAAGGACGGCAAGAAGAAGCACUCACGGCCGACCUUCUCGGGCCAGCAGAUCUUCGCGCUGGAGAAGACCUUCGAGCAGACCAAGUACCUGGCGGGCCCGGAGCGCGCGCGCCUCGCCUACUCCCUGGGCAUGACCGAGAGCCAGGUCAAGGUGUGGUUCCAGAACCGCCGGACCAAGUGGCGCAAGCGGCACGCGGCGGAGAUGGCGUCGGCCAAGAAGAAGCAGGACUCGGACGCCGAGAAGCUGAAGGUGGGCGGCUCGGACGCGGAGGACGACGACGAGUACAACCGGCCCCUGGACCCCAACUCGGACGACGAGAAGAUCACGCGGCUGCUCAAGAAGCACAAACCCGCGAACUUGGCGCUGGUCAGCCCGUGCGGCGGCGGCGCGGGGGACGCCUUGUGA